CAGGCCGAGCCCGGCGGCUGCUCCUCAGUUUCUCGCGGGCCGCGACGCCGCAGGUUGGGGCGUCCGAGUGGCAGAGGCGGCGCGCGCGGGCGCGGACGGCACUCUCGGGCCCGACGGCUGACCCUCGAGGGGCUCUUCAGACGACCACGAGGCUCGGCGGCGUCCUCCGGUGCCAUGUCGCGGGGUCCCGAGGAGGUGAACCGGCUCACCGAGAGCACCUAUCGGAAUGUUAUGGAACAGUUCAAUCCUGGGCUACGCAAUUUAAUCAACCUAGGAAAAAACUAUGAGAAAGCUGUCAGUGCCAUGAUCCUGGCAGGAAAAGCCUACUACGAUGGAGUGGCCAAGAUUGGAGAGAUUGCCACCGGGUCUCCCGUGUCCACCGAGCUGGGCCAUGUCCUCAUAGAGAUUUCUAACACCCACAAGAAGCUCAACGAGAGUCUCGAUGAAAACUUCAAGAAAUUCCAUAAGGAGAUCAUCCAUGAGUUGGAAAAGAAGACAGAACUUGAUGUAAAAUACAUGAAUGCAACUCUGAAAAGGUACCAAGCCGAACACAGAAGCAAGUUAGAUUCUUUGGAGAAAUCUCAAGCUGAGUUGAAGAAGAUCAGGAGAAAAAGUCAAGGAGCACGAAACGCGCUGAAAUAUGAGCACAAAGAAAUGGAGUACGUGGAGACUGUUACCUCUCGCCAGAGUGAGAUCCAGAAGUUCAUCGCGGACGGCUGCAAGGAAGCUCUGCUGGAGGAGAAGAGGCGCUUCUGCUUCCUGGUGGACAAGCACUGCGGCUUCGCGGACCUCAUCCACCGCUACCACCUGCAGUCUGCUGAGUUACUUAAUUCCAAACUGCCCCGGUGGCAGGAAACCUGUGGGGAUGCCACCAAAGUGCCAGAGAAAAUCAUGAACAUGAUAGAAGAAAUAAAGACCCCCAUCUCUACCCCAGUGUCCGGGACCCCUCAGCCUUCACCCAUGAUUGAGAGGAGCAACAUGGUUGGGAAAGACUACGACACACUUUCUAAACAGUCAGCGAAGAUGCCGCCGGCUCCAUCAGCCAGGGCAUACACCAGUCCUUUGAUCGACAUGUUCAAUAACCCAGCCACAGUUGCGCCGAGCUCCGAGAGGACCAGUAACUCCACAGAUGCCUCAGAAGACAACAGUUUGCAGCGGUCGGUGUCCAUGGCAACCGGGUUGAACCUGAUGCAGAAGCAGAAGGUGAAGACCAUUUUCCCACACACCGCGGGUGCCAACAAGACCUUACUGAGCUUCGCCCAGGGAGACGUCAUCACGUUGCUCGUCACCGAAGAGAAGGACGGCUGGCUGUACGGCGAGCACGACACCACCCGAGUGAGGGGUUGGUUCCCAUCGUCCUACACCAGGUUGCUGGAAGACAAAGCACAGGAAACCGUGGCUCCGCCCACACCAAGCUUGGCGCCCGUGAGAAGCGUCAGCACCGUGAACCUCUGUGAGAAGAGCGACGUCGCCAUCCCCCCGCCCGAUUACCUUGAGUGUCUGUCCACGGGGACCUCUGCUGCCCGAACAGGGGAUACAGCCAAGGGCGCCUCCACCUUCAAAGCUCCUGGGCCCAGACCGGAAACCACAUCUCCCAAUGCUGCCAAUGGGACCACAAAGCCGCCUUUCCUCAGUGGAGAAAACCCCUUUGCCACCGUGAAGCUGCGACCAACAGUGACAAACGACCGCUCGGCCCCCAUCAUCCGGUGAGAAGACAGCAGGGGCUGUCCUGGUUCCUGGGCCGAGUCCUGACGUCUGAGUGCUGUGAAGGGUCGGCCGCAGGCCACUUCGCCAGAGGGUGCCUGAUUCGCAAAUCGACAUGUGUCAAUCUGACAUAGCUGGGGUCACACAUUUCUGUCCUUACGAUAAAUAAGAUUAGUGAUCAGCUCAAUCAUUGAUUUUUCUUCCUAGUCUCAAAAACCAAACAGUAAACUUGGCUCCAGUACUUACUUUCUUGUGUAGUUAGCAGCUGGAGGAAGGGGUAGUGUGGGCUUGGUGACUGGCCAAGACCACAGGGCUAUCUUGUACAGCAUGAGACUGCUGAGUAGUGUUAUGUUUAGCUAAAGAAAAUAUUCUCCAAGUUUGCAUCUUUGCAUGCAAACCAUAUUUUAAAUUAUGAAAAUAUUAUAUAAACUAAUAAUUUUUUAACUUAAAAUUUAAACUUUUGAUUGAAUAAAUGUAGAGCCGCCCAAGACUGGACGUUCCCUGCGCUCCCCCGGCAGUGGUGUGCAGGCCGCUCGCCUGAGCCCUGCAGAGGGGUUCUGAGGGGGACUGGACCCACUGAAGGCCAGCCCAUGGGACACGAGCAGCCCAGGGCUCUGCCCAUGGCGUGCUGACCAGUUUACUCAAACUGAGAGCGCAUGUUCCUGUAAAUCUGACCCAGGCACUGACCCACAAACAGCUUAAAGAGCCAGUGUGACCUGGGCGGUGGUUCAGAGUCGGGGGGCCAUAUUUCUGCCUAGACACUAUGGCCAGUCUGAGGCAGCAGUCCCAAGCCAGUGGCUGGGCCCCUCUUAAACAGGCAUGCCCUGCAUCCAGGGGGUGGGUGUGACCGUUGAGGCUUCCUGCGGCGGGGUCCCGACUCGUCCCUGGGAGAACAGACCAGGAGGCACUCAUGGGGGACUGCGCUAACAAUCCCAGGACCACCCAGCUACACUGAGGCUCAUGCCCCAGCCCACGGUUUGGGAAGCAGGUUCACGGAGAACAGGGUCUCAGCUUUGUGCAGGUCCCUGGGAUUAACCGAGUCCCAGCCCGGAACCAUGGUGGUCACUCACCAGGCCAGCCCCACACUCAUGACACUAGGGUGGGUCCUUUGUGAAUGUCAAGAUAUGACACUAAGCUUCAAUAAACUGGAGUUUGAAAGAAGCA